AAAGACCGGAGCUUAAAGAAAAGAGGGUCCAUGCUCCAUAACCUGAGUUGGUUGAGAAUUGAAGCAUGUUUUGCUGCAACCCUCUGAGGUAGCAAGUAGCAAAUACCCAAAUCAGCAACACCGUCUCUUCUCUGAAUUUUUGAGUCAAACACUAAAAUAAUAAUAACGAAGAAAAACAGAGCAGGUUGAUAAGGCUCAGAUCACAGCCAUCGAGGGAAGGAGCCUCUCGUAUCAGUCUCAGUAUCAAUAUCAAUAUUCAUAUCCCCUUUCUCUUUCUCUCUUUUCGCGUGUUUCGCACUCUACUUCUUCUUCUUCUUCCUUCAGGAAUUCUUUGCUUCUUUCUGAGGGUUGCUGUUCUCAAUUGGAGUUGAGAGUGGUUGAAGAAGAUGACAAGCUUGGCUCGUUCUCUUCGCCGGUUGCGACCGGCGGUAAUUUGGAUCGCUGAUUUAGUUGCAGAAACACCACAUCAAUUGCAGAAGACCUCUCAUAUUCAUAGUUCAUGUCACAGAGUUCUUAAUCCUGCUCAAACCAACUUGUUCAAGAACCAUUCAUUCACCGCAUCCACAAGAGCUAUCUCAGUUCACGCUGCAAAACUCACCAAUGGAGCUGCAGAAACAAAUAGAGCAGGGCCUCUUGUGGAGUAUGAACGAAGAAUCUGUAGCGGCGAGCUAGUAGAUGGUGAUAGAUGCCAGGUAGUAACCUUGACGGAACUUCAGAGACUUUAUGACGAGCUUGUUCAGUCUGCGGAUGAAUGCCAAUUGGAUCGCAAUGUGGAAAAACCUGUAAGGAGUGGCUGGUUGUGGUCUCGUUUGCUGUCACAUCCUUCUCAUUCACCAGUAAAGGGUCUGUAUCUGUAUGGAGGAGUGGGUACUGGUAAAACUAUGCUGAUGGACCUUUUCUUUGAUCAAUUGCCCUCUAAUUGGAGGAAAAAGAGGAUCCAUUUUCAUGACUUCAUGUUAAAAGUACAUGGCCUAUUACAAAAGCAUAAGGGUUUAUCAGAUCCGCUUGAGGUUGUUGCAGGGGAAAUUUCUGAGGAAGCCAUUUUGUUAUGUCUUGAUGAAUUUAUGGUAACAGAUGUUGCUGAUGCAUUGAUACUAAAUCGCUUGUUUAAACAUUUGUUUAGCAAAGGCAUUAUUCUAGUUGCCACUUCGAAUCGUGCACCAGAUAAUCUAUAUGAGGGAGGAUUGCAGAGGGAUCUCUUUUUGCCAUUCAUUGCGACAUUGAAGGAAAGAUGUGUAAUACAUGAGAUCGGUUCAUCAAUUGACUACCGCAAAAUGACUUCAGGUGAAGAAGGAUUCUACUUCAUUGGCACAGAUUCAUCUGCCUUUCUUAAGCAAAAGUUUCAGCAGUUAGUCGGAGAAGGAACAGCUACUCCCAAAGAAGUGGAAGUAGUGAUGGGAAGGAAACUGAAAGUUCCAUUGGGAGCUAAUGGAUGUGCCUAUUUUACUUUUGAGGAACUUUGUGACAGGCCUCUUGCUGCUGCAGACUAUUUGGGAUUAUUCAAGAACUUUCACACAUUAGCACUGGAAGGCAUCCCAAUUUUCGGGCUUCAAAAUAAAUCAGCUGCACAUAGAUUUGUCACAUUAAUUGAUGUUACAUAUGAGAACAAAGCGAGGCUAUUGUGUACAGCUGAAGGAAGCCCUCAAGAGCUUUUUGAAAAAAUAGUAACAAUAUCAGAGGCUAAACAAAUGGCACCCAGGACCGCUUCAAGAUCACAGAAAAGUGAUGUCUCCGACCUUUGUGUAGACAAUGAACUCGGAUUUGCCAAAGACCGUACUAUUAGUAGAUUGACAGAGAUUAACAGCAAGGAAUACUUGGAACAGCAUGCUGCCAUGUUGGCUGAAAAGAAAGUCGACCAAGGAAGAAUGGAUCAGGAUGCCGUUGAAGCUUGAUGAAAGAGGAUUCAAAACCUCCGAAAGUUCAGUUCCUUUAAAAUUGUUGUAUCAUAUGUUGAGUGCAAACGGGAUAAAAUGAUGAGUAUUGGUUCCGACACAACAAAAAAUUUUUUAAAAAAGGAAGCACCCAUCAGCAGGCCGUUUAGUUUAGUACCUGCACAGCCAGGGAUGUUUUAGUUAGCAUAAGAGUUACAAGCAUUGCUAAAAAAAUAAUGUGCAAUUGAAUGGUUCAUUAUAAAAUUUCAAAUAAUUCCUUAUACAA